UGCUGAUAUUCCUCCGCGUUUCGACCAUUACAUUAUCCACCGGCUGUAGGACCACACCACCUCUCAAGUUGUUUGCCAGCUCACUAAGUUACCAUGGAUGAAGAAUAUGAUGUGAUCGUUCUUGGGACAGGACUCAAGGAAUGUAUCUUGAGUGGAAUGAUGUCAGUGAGUGGAAAGAAAGUCUUGCACAUUGACAGGAACAAGUAUUAUGGAGGAGACAUUGCCUCUAUCACCCCACUGGAAGAUUUUUUCUCCAUGUAUGGAAUGAAAAUGCCAGAGGACAUGUUUGGGAGAGGAAGAGACUGGAAUGUUGAUUUAAUUCCUAAGUUCCUAAUGGCCAAUGGUCAGUUGGUGAAGCUGCUGAUAUACACAGGUGUGACUCGUUACCUGGAGUUCAAGUGUCUGGAGGGAAGCUAUGUGUGUAAGGGAGGAAAGGUCUACAAAAUGCCUGCUGAUGAAAAGGAGGCUCUUACUACAAGUCUUAUGGGCAUUUUUGAAAAGAGACGAUUCAGAAAACUGAUGAUCUUCAUCAUGGAGUUUAACUUGGAGGACCCUAAAACCUGGCAUGGAAUUGAUCCUAAACAGAACACUGCAGAAGACCUGUAUAGUAAAUUUGGUGUGGAUAAGAAUACAAUUGAUGUAACAGGGCAUGCUUUGGCUCUUCAUCUUAAUGAUGAGUACCUGAAACAACCCUGUCUAGAGUUCAUCCUGAGGGUAAAGCUGUACCAGGAUUCUAUACAGAGAUAUGGAAAAUCCCCUUUCCUGUACCCUCUUUAUGGACUAGGAGAACUUCCUCAGGGCUUUGCUAGGUUGAGUGCAAUAUACGGAGGGACCUACAUGUUGGACCGCCCUGAUGCCACAGUUGUUUAUGAAGACGGUAAAGUUGUAGGAGUGAUGGCACAGGGAGAGACUGCCAAGUGCAAAAAGGUCAUCUGUGAUCCAUCUUAUUCAAAGGAUAAAUGCAAACAUGCUGGAAAGGUGGUUAGGGCUAUCUGCAUUCUUAAACACCCUGUCCCCAACACCAAUGACAUGAAAUCCGCUCAGAUCAUCAUCCCUCAGCACCAGGUCAACAGGCACUGGGACAUCUACAUCAGUGUGAUUUCACAUGACCAUAUGGUGGCAGCCAAGGGUUUCUGGCUGGCCAUUGUCAGCACCACUGUAGAAACAGCCAAUCCAGAGGCGGAGCUACAGCCUGGCCUGGAACUGCUGGGACCAAUUGAACAAAAGUUUGUGUCAGUCAGUGACAUUUUAGAGCCAACAGAUGAUGGAAAAGAUUCCCAGAUUUUCAUCACGAAAUCCUACGAUGCCACAUCCCAUUUCGAGACAACCUGUAUUGAUGUGCUGGAAACUUACAAGAGGGCAACUGGUGAAGAAUUUGACUUCUCCAAGAUCAAGAUUCCUGAGGAAGAGGAAAACAAUUAGUGCUUCUAUUAAUUUGGCACUGUGCCAAACUGGUGUAUGUGUUCGUUAUGAAUGAACAUGUGGCAGUGUACUAUUUUUCUUGUUUUCUUUGGUAAAUUAUUACAGACAAGCGCAUUGAUAUUUGCCUACAGUAGAACUAAACGAGCACCCAGCAGGAUAAAAAAAAAACCCACAAAAGUAUCAUUCCAAAAUGCGUGAAGAAAACAUGUAUUUGCUUGUGUCAGAGGCCAUGCCAAGAGUUAAAAAAAAUGUAUUAUCUUAGAUAUUAUGGUGGAUUUAUGGUGCAAUGUAGUUAUAAUGAUUGAUAGUUGAGCUUCAUCAUCAAGAAUAACUUUUAGGUUGCUUGCUUAAUUCAAAUUGAUUUUUGACAUUGUGUAAAGAAAGGUAGAAAUGAAACAAAAAUCAGGCGGGAAGGUAAUUUAGUAGAAAGCAGUUGAUUUGUAUUUUCUUUAAUGGCUUUUUUAAUCUAAAUAUUUGACCAUGUGCAUUGAAUGUAAUUUUAAUGACUGAGAAUAUACUGUAGUGAUAAACUUGAAGUGUUUCAUCGUAAUCAAUUGAUGACAAGAACUGUACGCAUUUAUGUACCCGGUACGGUACAUGUUUAUGCAAUAUUCUUAUAAACUUUGAAUGCUACAUCAACCCACUCACCAGAAGAAGAAAGUCUGUGUUGUGAGCUAUUCUGUGUAAGACUUGCUCCAGUCUUGCUGCUCUUUUUUCACUUCUUAGAGAAUAAUAUUUGCCAUUACGUCCAGUAUUCUUGCUUAUUGCACUUGUCCAAUUUAUCAGCUAAGGAAACACGCUCUCAUGUUUUUAGGGACAAAAAUAUACCAUGGAAUCAUGUAAUACACACAUGUAAUUUUAAAAAUGUCAGUAUGUUUGUAUUGCUGUAUAUGUAACACAUUUCAUACAUUGUACUGAAAGACAUUUAACUGAAUAUUUAUAUCUGUGUGAAAAAAAAUAUCUUUAAAAGUUUAAAUUUUAAGUAUAGAGAAGUGAGUAGUUAUGAAAAGUAUUUAAAAAAAUUUUGUUUAAAAAUAAAAUUAGAAAGCAAUGUUAUGGUUGUUAAUGUCUCCUAGUCAUUGUAUUGAAGAUUUUUCAUGACUUUUCUGUACUGAGAUGAGGUUAUUCAGUAUGAAAUAAAACUACAUUUGUAUAAUCGUC